ACACCAAUGGGCGGAGCUUGCGGCUUUGCAUCAGCUUGAUGUUAGGUCUUGAAGUGUUAGCCUAGAGACGUUUACAUAUAAUGUUUAUUAUUAGCUUGCGUUUUCUCUAGUGUUUAUUGGUGGUGGGUACCUUCACCUUUCAUGGUGUUGCUACCAAAUAGCGAAGUAAAAGUACACAUCUAAACCCAAACUAAUAGGGAACUUUCGACUAAGGCAGCUCUGAAAACGAAAUAACCUAGGUUGAGAUGUGACUGGAAAUACACGGUAACAAAUCAAUGGCACCAGAAUGUUGGACUGCAGAAUUUGGAGAUGAUAUCAAGGUGGCAAGCAUAGCUACUGGAAUAAAGGACCAACAAUGAAUGUAGAACUUUUUGAAUGAAGUAUGCAAGUGGGCCAAUAAUAAUGUUGCAGUGAUGAAUUACUAAGAAGUGGCUCGUCACCAUGAUCGAAGUGGCAGCAAAACUGACCAGAGGCCCCGUCUUCUUGGCAGGGGAAGUUUUAGAAUGUAUUAUCACCUUCACUAACCCAAUGUCAAUGAGGUCCACCUCUGCCAGCAGUGAAAUGCUGGCUUGGUCAAGUGCACAGAUCCACUGUCAAUUUAGUGCUAGUGAACAUAGGGUCAUUCUGCCACCUUCUGAAGACAGCAGACAUGAUGCCCAAGCUGAAAACGAAACUGUCUUUGUCCCAAACCGAGGAGAGCGUGGGCAAUGUAUCCUGUCAACCCCACCUAAAAUCCUUUUCUGUGAUCUGAGAUUGGAUCCUGGGGAAACCAAAUCUUAUUCAUACUGUGAGACCGUCCCUGUUGAUGGGCCACCUUCUUUUAAAGGACAGUCGGUCAAGUAUGUUUACAAGUUAACAGUUGGCUGCCAGAGGGUGAAUUCUCCAAUAAGAUUACUGAGAGUCCCUUUCAGAGUCCUAAUUGUGCAGGGUCUGGAGAAUUAUCUUUUCCCAGCUGAUGAAGAUGUGGCUCCAUCAAAUCCAUUUCUAGAGGAGGAAGGUAAUACAAAAAAGGAGAGCAGGUUGGUGGAACUGGCAACAGAGAUGCUUAGCGCUUCCUCAAGACGUAGUCUUCAUCUUUUCAAUAUUACUAAUACACGUGGAAAAGUUGGAAAAUUCUGCAUUUUCAAGACUGUGUAUAAAAUUGGUGAGGACAUUGUGGGAACUUUUGAUUUCUCAGAAGGAGAUAUUCCUUGUUUGCAGUACAUUGUGAGUCUGCAAACAGAAGAAAAGAUUCAAGAAGCAUUCCAGCGAAGACCUGGGCAGGCUGUGUCUCUGGUAACUCAUGCUCGAUGCCAAGAAUCAUGUUUGCAUACAGCAAAAACACACUUCAGUCUACCUAUUCCACUAACUGCUCCCCCAGAGUUCAGCACCAACAUUGUGUCCUUAAGCUGGCGAUUACAUUUUGAAUUUGUAACAUCGAGACAACCAGUUGACCCACCCAUAGUACCAGAAAAUGAAACUGAAGUCAUUGUUUUGAGUGGGGCAGAACACAUUGAGGUGGAUACUUUCAGCUGGGACUUGCCUGUGAAAGUUCUUCCAACCAACCCUGUGCUUGCAUCUUAUGGACUUCAGUUCUCUAGCAGCAAUUCCAUCAGUAUUUAAUUUUUUUUUCUGGCUCAGAAAGAACAAGCAGGUUCAGUGUGGAAUCUCUGUAGUGUACUGUGUGGUUGGAGAUCUGUCUUUGUGUGAUGUUAUUUUGGGGAUUGUGCUUGUGGGUAAUUAUACAUGUGAAAUGUAUGUAUUAUCCACAUUUCAAGUGUUUUACAGUUAAAUAAAACUAAGUAAGUACCAAGUUUUGAGUUUUAACAUGUUUAAAAUCACCUAAAGGUUUGAUUUUGUUUGAAGAGUAAUCCAAGAAAGUCUUACAACUUUCCUUAUUAUAGAUUUAUAUUGAUGGAAAGAAAAAGAAGAAAGUUAAGAUUAAAAAAUGAUCCUUGUAUA